GUUUUACGGCUGCGACGGUGGCGCGGAGGAAGAGCGGGAAAGGCGAGAGAGGGGAACAUUGUCAGGAACUGAACCACGCAAAUUUAAUCUGAAGUGAGGAAACAAAAAAAAUAUGCCCAGAAGGAAACAGUCCAAUCCUCAGCCUGUGAAAAUUGAAUCAGAGGCUGGCUGUGAACGCAAUGGGCCAGAAGACCUGGUCCUGGAGAGUGACCUGAUGCUGGGUCAAGAGCUGGAGUUUGAGGACUGUGAUGAGAAGAUCAUGGGCUUUGAAAAAGAUUCAGAAGAUUCGAUUGUCUCGGAGGAACUUGGUCUUCACGUAAAUGGCAAUGAUGAAUUUCCUCCCAGCUAUAAAAGACUAAAGACUGAGGACGAGACGGACAGUUACAUGAACGCUGAGAGUAUAGACGGGGGAACAAAUACCGACGACCUGUUCAUUCCCUUUUCCUGCCAGCAAUGCGGCUCAUUGUUGGACAGUAAUCCACAGCAGCUGGACAGAGUGACUGGUCCGAAUUGUCCAAAAUGUAGUCUGGACAUUUUAUCAGAAGAGAUUAGCUCAGAGCAAAUGGAGAGGCUCUUUUGCUGUCAGUUGUGCAGCUUCACGUCACAAUAUCCCAACCACCUGGCAAGGCACAUGAAAACGCACAGCGGUGAGAAACCUUACAAGUGUAAAGACUGUCACUAUGCCUCCGCCCAGCUGGAAAACCUCAAGCGGCACAUGAGAACUCACACUGGCGAGAAACCCUUCAAAUGCAAAGCCUGUGACUAUGCCUGCAGUAAUAUGGCCAACCUGAAGCGACACCAGCGCAUCCAUUCGGGUGACAAACCCUUCAAAUGUGACCUCUGCGACUACAGCUGUAACCAGAGCAUGAACCUGAAACGCCACAUGCUCCGCCACACAGAGGAGCCAGCCUUCAAGACCCCUGAAUAUUCUGAUCUCUCGGAGUUUGUUCAUGCAGAUGAUAGCAGUGAAUUUACUCCAAGCUGCAAGCGGCUUAAAACUGAGAAAGACUCACACAAUUCUGCAGAUGUCCAAGAGGAAUCUUCUUUGAGACUAGUCAAUGGUUUUUCAGAUAGUUAUGACAGCCCCCCUCAGCAGACUGCCCCCUUGAUCAAACAAAACAGUUCAGGAGCAAGUGUGGAAGUUGUGUUGGAAGAAGAUUGUGGGGUUGAGGAGAUUUCCCAAUAUUCCAGAAGCACUACUGGUAAUGGGGCCCUCCACCACAAGAAACUCUAUAAAUGUACCCUCUGCAACUAUACAACCGAGCAGCUGGGCAACUUCAAGCGCCACAACUUAAUCCACGAGGGUUGGAAGCCUUUUAGAUGCAAUCAGUGUGACUAUACAUCUGGUCAAUUAGGGAACCUUAAAAGACAUCUGCAAACCCACACCAGGGAAAAAAUCUUCAGAUGCAUCCAUUGCAGCUAUGCCUGUGCUAGUAUGAUAGUUCUGAAGAGACACAAGCAAACCCAUGUGAAGAGCGAGCCUGCCCUACAAUUGGAAGAGGACAGCAUCACAAGUAAGUCUUUGUCCCCUCCCCCAGACUCUCAGACACCCUCUGAGGGCAGUGAGGAAAAGAAGCCAGUCAAAUGUUCAUACUGCAGCUACACCUCGCCCUUGAUGGGGAACCUGCAACGACACAUCCGGAUACAUCUUGGCGAAAAGCCCUUCAAGUGUGAGGAAUGCAACUAUGCAACAGGCCAGUCAGGGAAUCUCAAGCGGCACAAGCUGACUCACAGCCAGAAGAGGUCUUUCACCUGCAAACAGUGUGACUAUGCAUCUGGCCAGAUGGGGAACCUGAAACGCCACAUGUUGACUCACACCAGGAAGAAGUGCUUCAAAUGCAGCCAAUGCGACUUUGCCGGGGACAGUAUGGCUGAGCUCAUGAGGCACAAGCAUUGCCACAAAGAGGAAAAGGCUGUGCUACAACAAACCACAAGCUCCCUAAAAACAAACGGUGAGGAGAAGCCUUAUAAGUGUUUGCACUGUAAUUAUGCCUCAGCUUUGCUUGGUAACCUACAGCGACACACCCGCAUUCACCUGGGAGAGAAGCCUUUCCGGUGCGAUCGCUGUGACUAUUCAUCCAGUCAAACGGGGAACCUUAAGCGACACGGUCUCACCCACACCCGAGAAAAGACACUCAGGUGCCGCCAGUGUGCCUUUGUCUGCAGUAACUUGCUGGACCUGAAGCAACAUAAGGAGAUGCAUCUAAAGGAAAGGCUGCAGGGUAGCCAAGGUGAUACCAAGGAACCCACAGCCCAGAGCUCCCAGCAGGCUACAAUGAGCAGUGGUGAUGAGAAGUCCUUCAAGUGUUUGUAUUGCAGUUAUACCUCAUUGUUGCUGGGGAACCUGCAGAGGCACACUCGCAUUCACCUGGGAGAAAAGCCUUUCAAAUGCAAAGAGUGCAAUUACGCAACAUACCAGUCAGGGCACCUUAAGCGUCACGUGCUGACCCAUAUACAGAAAAAGUCACUGAAGUGUCGCCUGUGCAAACAUGUCUCUGGAAAUCUGGCAGACUUAAAACAACACCAGCAAGAGCACACUGAGAAAUCUACCAGUGAAGACAAGAAACCUUACAAAUGUUCCUUUUGUAAUUAUGUUUCCUCCCUGUCGGGAAACCUGCAAAGGCACAUACGGAUCCAUCUGGGAGAACGGCCUUUCAAAUGCGACCAGUGUGAAUAUGCGUCUCACCAGUCAGGUAAUCUGAAGCGACAUCAGAUAACUCACAGUCGGCCCAGGUCUUUCAAGUGCGGCAUCUGCUAUUACACUUGCAGCAACGCACAAGACCUAAAGGAACACAAGGAGACUCAUGUGAAGAAGAAAAUGUUGUUGCAAGAUGAGGACAACGGGACUGAAAAAACCAAAGAGCCUUACAAGUGUAAGCUUUGCUCUUUUGUCUCCGAGUACCCAGGCCACCUCAUGAGGCAUAUGAAAACGCAUAGCGCAGAGAAACCAUACAAGUGUCACUACUGUGAUUAUGCAACGGUGCAAAUGGGCAACCUCAAGCGGCACAUAUUGAUCCACACGGGGGAAAGGCCUUUUAAAUGUGACAAGUGUCCCUACAACUGCAGCCGCUUGGAGAAUCUGAAGCGACACAAGCAGACUCACACUGAAGAGCAACUCUUAGAGGAUGAUGAAGGAGGCAGCUUGGUAAAAGUUGAGAAGCCACUUUACUGUCAGUUCUGUAACUUUAAAGCACGGUACCCCAGCAUCCUGGCUCGGCACAUAAAAACACACAACACUGUUGUGAGCCCUCAGAGGUUGCAGCAGACUGGCACGUGUAGAAAAGCCUUCCGUUGUGGCCAGUGCCCCUACUUUUGCCGCAGCAUGUCUAGUCUGAAGUGGCACAUGCAGAGUCACACAGGAGGCGAAGCAUUAGCACAACCCCAGGAGGAGACUGAGCACAACCACCAAUCCGACCAUUUAACAAGCCACGUGAAAGUGCACAGCAACCAAACCCAGCAUCUUGAAACCCCUUCUCCAGAGCCUGAGCAGGAGAAACAAGACCAGAACAUAUUCUCUUGUAAUUUGUGCAGUUUUGUCACCCAGUACCCCAACCAUUUCAUAAUGCACAUGAAAACUCACAUGAAAACGCACAGCAACAACACAAGCGAUUACCAGUGUUCCCAUUGCAGUUACACCACCAAACAAUCUGGCAACUUCAAGCGUCACAUUCAGGUUCACUUGGGUGUGAAGCCUUUUAAGUGUGACCAAUGCAGCUAUGCCUCGAUUAAUUUUACCAACCUGAAAAGGCAUUUACAAACCCAUAUGAGACAGGCGUGCAACCAGUUGGAUUACUCCUGUACAGACGUAGAUGACCACAGCAGCUUUAAAGCAGAAUUGGAAGCAAGUGACCUUGAAAAGCUUUCUGAGCCUCCCUCCUGCGAAUCUGACAGUCUUACCUCUCAACCUCCCAACUGCCUUUCAAGGAAUACAAAACGCAAGAGGCAGCACAAAUGCCCGCACUGCGAUUACGAAACGACCGAUUUGGGAAACCUCAAGCGACACAUCAGGAGCCACAAGGGGGAGAAGCCCUUCAAGUGCAGCCAGUGCAACUAUGCCUCGACCCAGAUGGUCAAUGUCAAGCGACACCUACAAACACAUGGAGAGAAACCAUUGUACCAGUGCAGCCAGUGCCAGUUUGUGUGUGAGAGCAAGGCUGCCUUUAAACGCCACAGCCAGAAGCACUCGGCAAUCCCUGUGGUCAAGCAGGAAAGGGAGGAGAAGAUUAACGUCAGGAAAGGGCAAAAGGUGUUCUCGUGCAAGCUGUGCAAUUUUGUCUCACAGUACCAGAGCAACCUCAUCAGACACAUGAAUAUACAUAAUUAUCGAAGGCCGUAUAAUUGUUCGCAGUGUAACUAUGUGUCCGCCCAACUGGGCAACCUCAAAAGGCAUAUGCAGAAUCACUUCAAAAAUGAAAGCUUCCAGUGUGACCAGUGCAACUACUCAUGCGCUUCAAUGACUAACUUGAAGCGGCACGCCAGGGUUCACACAGGGCAGAACCUGAUUAGGCGUGAGAACAAAUGUCGUCAGGCACCAGAAAAGAGGGCCAAGCCACAGUUUAUUGGUAAUACGACUGGUGACGGUAACAUUUACCAGGACGCUGAUGUCUCAGAGUUGCUGAAGGGAAGCGAGGAGUCUGAAAGCCUGCUGGACACGGGUGAUGCAGGGGAAGAAUCGGACUCACUCCCAGAGCUGCUGCUCCCUUUCACCUGCCAGCAGUGUGGCAUGGUGCUGGAUGACUGCGGGCAGGAGGAGGAGGGAGUGGUGGGGCCCCUGUGCCCUAGAUGUACGUUCGAUGGCUUGACACACGAAGAGGACAGGGGAAGAGGAGACAGAGGAGAGAUCAGUCCAGGUAAAGGGGACAAGAUCUACCCUUGCAAGCUCUGUCCUUUCACCUCGCAGUACCCCAAUCACCUGGUGAGGCACAUGAAGACUCACAGCGGGGAGAAGCCCUACAAGUGCACUCACUGCCACUACGCCUCCGCUCACCUGGAUAACCUCAAGAGGCAUGUGCGCAUUCACACUGGCGAGAAGCCUUUCAAGUGUGAUCGCUGCGACUAUGCUUGCGGUAACAUGGCUAACCUGAAGCGACACGAGCGUAUCCACUCAGGACACAAGCCUUUCAAGUGUGACCUCUGUGACUACAGCUGUAAUCAGAGCAUGAACCUGAAACGCCACAUGCUCCGGCACACGGGGGAGAAGCCCUUUCAAUGCCCUGAGUGUGAGUACACCACCGGCCACUGGGACAACUACAAGAGGCACCAGAAGACUCAUGGCCACACACUGGACGGCUGGGCGAACCCAAGGAGGAUCACUCGCAGCAAUGUCGAGAGUCAGACGUGAGGGGGGGGGGAGGGGGAGAGAGGGGCAGGUAUAAGUUAAUGAGUUCCUCAAGAUGUAAUACAAGGCUGACCAGCAUUCCUCAGAAUGAAGUUAGUGUUUUAAUCCAACCAAAAUGAUAUUGAUAAGUUCUUAUAUCAUACAUACAACCGGGGACGUGUAGUUCAGAUUCAAAGGUGAUCCAAUCCUUCCUCCGGGAGAGAACGUAGACCGCUUUGUGUACAUCAAUCUGCCCUCUUUCUGCUUUUGGUUCCGUAUCUUCCUCUCUUCUCUCUGUGUUUCUGAGUCGCUUACACAGACACUCACUCCGUCCCUGUAUAAAAUCGCAGUCGUUUCUCUCUGCUUCAUACUACCUACACACACUCUCCUUCACAUGCGGUCGCCUGACUCCCUGCGACUACACUGUGCCAGCCCCUCAUCAGGUGUCACCAGUGGUUUCACUGAAACCACUCCUCACCAGCUCAUGCUGAUUCUUUCUUUGCAAUAAAGUCAUUCUCACGGAAACCAGAGGGUGUCAUGGCUGCAGCCACACUCUUUUUGCUAGGAUACAGUAAGGAUGAUCGAUCACCAAGCACACCUAGUGUAAAAUCAUCAGCUUACAAUCCCCCACCUUAGCUGCUGUUGGGCUUAUGUACCAUUGUCUACAGGAGCUGCACAACGAUAAUCCUCAGAAAGUGCAUGAACUUUAAAACAUUAACGUAUUCAUUAAUGUAUCUUCCUCAAAGCCGUUACAGGGACUGUCGUACAUCUUUUGGCGAACCUUAAUUCUGUGUUUUUAGUAUUGACCAUUUGCCACACAUACUUAUCAAAGUCCAGAUGUGCAUUAAAUCAUCAGUUUACUGACGAUGAAUUUUCUUUCUUCAGCAGUUUCCAUUUGUUCGGUCACCAUUCUCAAACCCAGAGGAUGUCUUUUCA